UGUCGUGUAUUGUGUUCUGUCAAGGGUAUUCAGGAGCGCGGAACACUAAUUGUUAAAAUGUGCGCAGCUGUUUCUCCGAAAGUUAGGGCUAUUGUUGACCGAAUUAUCCGUGUUGACCAUGCUGGAGAGCUCGGUGCUAACAAAAUUUAUCAGGGGCAGUUACUUGUUCUCGGAAAAUCCAGCGUUGGACCUAAAAUAAAGGAAAUGCGUGAACAAGAAGAGGAACAUCUUAAAAAAUUUGAAGAACUGAUUCCUAUACACAGAGUGAGGCCUACAUUGCUUCUACCUCUGUGGAGUGUUGCUGGUUUCGCAUUAGGAGUGGGAAGUGCACUUUUAGGAUCAAAAAGUGCUAUGGCCUGUACUGUUGCUGUUGAGUCUGUGAUAUCCGAACACUACAAUAAUCAAAUUCGCGAACUUAUGGAAUCUGAUCCUGAAAAUUACCAAGAAUUACUGAAGACAUUGAAAAAGUUCCGUGAUGAUGAAAUUGAACAUCAUGAUACGGGUAUUGAACACGAGGCUGAAAAGGCUCCUUUCUACAAAAUUAUGUCGCAAGUAAUUAAAGCAGGUUGUCGUGCAAGUAUCUAUCUGGCGGAGCGCAUCUGAUGGUAGCAUUACAGUAGUAACCUUGUACAAUGAUUACUGAUUACCCUUCAUGAUAUUUCCUGGUGUUUUAACGUCCUACAGUGUAAAUUCCUUCAUACCUUAUACUUUCUAAUUAGUAUUUAACUUGUUCUCACGCAAUACUUGUUUUCUUUUUUUUAAAUGAGAAGAAAUUACCACUGUUCAUACGUAAACAGCGGUUUAAUUUUCGAUCUUAGCUACUGUCUUCUUCAAUGAAUGCUUAUCUGACUUCUGUGCGAUUAGUAAUAUAUAUAUAUAUAUAUAU